ACAACUUCGAGCAGGACGCAGCAGGGGCACUGCUUCGCGCGCAGACCCCUAAGGUCAUUCUGAAUGCCAAGUGUCCACCCGAGGACGUUUGCGUGACUAGUCUCAAGUGGAGCUGCCAAGAAGCGACUAAGGGGACGUUAGAGGGUACGCGAGCAGACCGGAAGUUGCGAGACAUGCUCGAGCGAUUCUACACUGCCCAGCAGUUAGUUAUCCGUUAUCAAACCUGGGCUUUGAGGAAACUAGAUGCUGGAUUGCGUUUGGCAUUACAAGACAGUCGUGGAGCAGAGGGCGUUCAUGCUGCUUCUGAAGAAAAGCUUUCUACAAUUCUUGAGUAUGCCACGGAGAUGAAAACUCUAGUCCCAGGACAAGCCCUGCCGGAUUCGUUGUCGCCUGGCACAAAAGCUGAAGUGGAGACGCGAGUUCGAAGGUUGACCACAAGGAGGUCAGAGAAGAAGACGAUGUCGGAAAAUAUGUCCAACAAGACCACCCCAGCCUCGAGCGCUAAGAGCAAACUUCAAGAACACACGUUGAACGCGAACAUCCUCAUGUCUCAGGACACUCCUCAGAAGCCGAAAGAGCAGAGAAAGCCCCCUCCAAAGAACAUCAAGUGCACUUUUUUCAGCGACCAGGAGGAGGACGAGCAGAAUGUUUCCAAGUGUGCGCUGCCGCUGCUGAGUCGUGAUGAAGACCACGUUGAAGUGCGUGGUGGUACUUCAUCUAGAGCAAAUGGUGGUGAAAAUGAGAACUCGACAACGGUAGGAGGUGACCCGACCACCUCUUUUGGAGUACUAGAUGUCGAUGGCUCAUCUGGUGAACGAGCGAGCGGUACUGCUACUGUCUCUCCACUGCGUCUCAGAAAGCUGCUUGAUGCUGCGCCUCCAGUUGCGAUAGAAAAGGC